CCCAGCUGUAUAUCCACCCUAUUUUGCACAAUGGCUCCAUCCACAAUUAAAAUGGCGGUAAAUGGUUCGUGUGUCGUGACAAUUGCAUAGUUCGGUCUGACUGAGGAGGAAACUAUUGCAAAGGAGGCUUCAAUAUGGCUCAUAGGGGAAGCUCCGGUCUCUUAGAAGCUCUGGACACAAGCGCAGAGAGAGAAGACCAGGGCUAUAGUGACCUUUUUGGCUUUGGAAACAUCAUUGAUACUUCAGAUGACUCUGAUUAUCCUGGAGACCCUACUGAGGACACAGAAGAGGAUGAUGUUGUUUUAGUUGAGGAGACACCAGCUGAGGUCACAGGGCACAAAGUCACCAAACGUCCAUUGGAAUUCAAGGGAAGUUUCACAAAGGAUUACAAAAUUCCCAGGAAAACGACAGAUUCUGAAGUUGUUGAAGCUUCCCCAGUGUUGCCAGACAAGGUUCAGCAUUACUCCUCCCCUCUGUCUAAGGCUCAGUAUCCUCCCUGCAAUACCCAGUACACCCCCAGGACUCAAAACAGCCCCAGAAUCAAUGUGAAACUAAUGACAGGCAAAAACACCUUUAAUUCCUACAGAGACGAUCAACAAGCACGUGUGAAGCAUAUGAAUUCAGACUCUAACUGUUUCAACAGAGGGAACCAUACACCCCAGAACAGCCAGAAACUAUCUGUACAUCUCCCUGCAUUCCAAACUGUUGCUAUGAAACCAAGGAUUGUGGUGGAUGGCCAUCAGGUUUCUAGUACUGUACAUGCGUCUUCGAAUGCAGUGAAACAUGGAGUGAACAGGAACAGUAGUAGUACUACUAGUGUGAAUACAGAGGAUUACAGCACUGAUGUUGCAGGUAGUAGUGGUACCUCAACUGUUGUUACUGUGAGUGAUACAGGGAACAGUUCAGGCUCGGACACUAGCGUCAGCCCCAGUGUGCAAAUAAAGCUGCAACAUGAGAAAGGUCAUUUGACUGGAGGGGAAGCUAUCAGCACAGGGGGGCUGCAGGGAGGGGGAAGAGGCAUGUUGAACAAGGGGCAAGCGGCUGCUAGAGGGGGUCAAGUGCGACGAGGGAGGGGAAGGCCACCAUCAGCACUGAAAGGGAAUGCUAUGGGCAUGAACAUGCUGUCAAGUGCUUGUGUCGACUUGGGCGAUCGUUGUGAUGCUGAUCAAACAUCAGGAAGUUCAUCUAGCUCAAACCAGAAAGGAGGACUGGGAUUCCAGGAAGAGUUCUUACGGCAGAUGAAGCAGAAGGCAGCAGCUGAUAAGAUGAGGAAUGUUCUCAGCCCUCCGUGUCGCCUGGGUGCCUGGAAACAUGCAGAAGUAGAGAGGAAAACUGUGAUAAGUAGUAGCACAGUAACCAGUACUACACAACUAAAUGGUGAGGCCAGUCAGGGCACUCAGCAAGUUUCCAGAACAGCAGAGUUGGGAACAGAAAAGAAGGAGGCAGAUUCUUCGGCAGAUGGAGAAGAAGAAGAAGAGGCAGAGGACGAAGGUAACAUCUCAUUCUUGUGUAAGAACUGUGGAAACUCCACCUACCAACGUGACCGCUGCAACAGCUGUGGGAAGAACACCCUUCAGAAAGUGAGCACAAACCAUGACCCCCUCAAGCCGAAAGCCCGCGCCCCUCUCUCCAGAAAGGGCAUGCCGGCGACAAGCUUCUACAAGGACAAGAUGGCCCGGUUUUCAAACAUCUACUCCCCCGGAACAAGCACUGCUACUGUAUCCCAGUCCAGGAUCACAGCAGAUACUAAACAGACUCAACAACGACUUUAUCAACCAACUACAAGGCAUAACACAAGGAAUGCAGGCCGGCCUGUAGGGAGACCACGAGUGUCACAAAAAGUAGUUCCGGAAGUUGUGCUGAUCAGUGAUGAUGAGGAUGAGCCACCCAAACCUGCUGUCCAACCGGAGCCCAGCCCAGCAUCUCAGCCCAGCUCCCGUCCCAGCACCCCCGUACCUGAACCUGACACUGGACAUGGGACUCUACAGGACUCCACAUCAGAAGUGGACUCAACUCAACACAAGGAAGUUCCAGAGACACCAGUGACACCAAAAGUGACACCAGUCAAGGCUUUCAUCACUGGAAACAAGACCGCCAAGUUUGAUAUCCGUGCCAUUCGGAUUGGAUCCCGCCUGAUUCAGCCCUGUGAAGUUGUCACCAGUAUAGAGAAAGGCAUCAGUUUAAAGGUGGAAGACCACACUGUGGAGCUCCAGCAAAACGACAUUGUGCAGAGUGUGGCCCACUUCGGCAGCAACACACCAUUCAUCCAGCUGUGCGUCACACCCAAGAUCGGCCUAGCUUUACGCAGUCGGUUACGCUUCAAGAAGAAAGAAGGAUUGGACUGGUUUGAUCCUGGCAGUUCAGAUGCUAGUGAGAAGUACAUCCUCCUGCUCCUCCAUGCACCAGUCCCCCCAACUCGGGCUGAUGUCAUCAGGCAGCACCUGCAGACCUUCUCAUCACAGCAUGGGUUUGUAGAGGUGGAGGACAAGGAGAAGGCCAACAAUAUUCUCAUGGCGCUGGAGGUCAAAGAGCCAUUCCAAAAGUCUGAGAAAACCACUUUCAUAACUACACAGUCAGUGCUGGCCAAACAGGACCCAUCCACCAGCUACAAGGCCACAUCUACCGAGGCCCAGACACCAUCCCCGACACCCCACAGGCCAUCUACAGAACCCAGGAGAUCGUCCACUUAUGCCAGAUCCAGCCAGGGGAAGACCAUUAAUGAACACAGGGUGUCCCUACCAGAAACGAGUAGUAGAUCAAGCUCCCCUGCAUGUCGUGAUCAUGAGGAGGACGACAGGGAUGGUUUUGUUGGGCCUAUCCAAAAGCUGAUGGUGUAUCCCCCACCCCCUGCGUCUGGUGGUAUCACCGUGACAACAGAGGACCUGUGGUGUCUGAGGGAUGGAGAGUUUCUCAAUGAUGUCAUCAUAGACUUCUAUCUCAAGUACCUGAUGAACACUGUCCUGAGUGAAGAGGACAGGAAACGUACUCACAUCUUCAGCUCCUUCUUCUACAAGCGGCUGAUGCAGAGGGACCAUGUAAGAACCAGAUCUGAGGACAACAUGCACUCUACACCUAUUCACAGGAGACACAGUCGGGUGAAGACUUGGACGAGACAUGUCGAUCUGUUCUCUAAGGACUUCGUCAUCGUGCCCAUCAAUGAACAUGCCCACUGGUACCUUGCAGUUGUCUGUUUCCCCGGCUUAGACAAGGAGGAUCCACAUCCGACAUUCGUGCCCCGGCUGACCCGACCUCCAACCCCUGACCUCGAUCCUCCCACCCGACCUUCAACCCCUGCCUCAAACCCAGAACAAACAACACAACAGUCCACGGAAGAAAGCGGGUCUAGUGCACAGCAGAGUUCACAGGACACAGCAGAGGUCACAAGUGAGCAAAGGUCGCAGGUGAAAGGUCACGACACAGCAUUAGCCUCAUCUCAAUCAUCUGUGAGGUCAUCUGAAGGUCAGGAAGACGAUGAUAGCUCGAGUUCACAGGGAUCUAUUACUAAAGGCAUACAGACAGAACCUUUGACAAGAGAACAGAUAGAAGCAGCAUUUGCCAGCCAAAUAGUGGAAGAGGAAAGAAUUGCAUCUCGGCAGUCUCCAAGAAAAUGCUACGAAACUAUGGAGAAAGUCUCCCUCAACCCAAGACGCUCCCCACGGAAAUGUGCUGAUGCUGCUAGCAGCUCCUUAGAUUCCACGUCUCAGUCUUCACAACAGUCUUCUCCCAGCAAAAGGAACUCCCCAAGGAAGAAAAGUGAAGAAAGUCUGAAUCAGGAUUCUAGACACUUUAUUGAUGAAGUAAAACACAGUGUUAUCCAGUCUGCUACAUCUCCAAGGAAGAAGUUGAAGUUCCCUGAUGCAGAGCAGGACAGAAAGGGUGAUGAGGAGAAGAUGGAUGUUGAUCAGGACCAGGAAGAAUUGAGUGAAGAAGGGAAGAAUAGCAUGGAGACAGAUGAGAGAAGAGCUGAAGCAAUGCAAGGAGAACCAAUGGAAACAGAGGAUAGAGUUGGAAGGGAAACACCAGCCAGUGCAAUAGACACAACCCGGUCACAAGAUCAGUCCAUGAUGGAUGACUCUGCCUCUGACCAAUCAGCAUCUGCCAUGUCAGACCAAUCACUGCCAACCAUGUCCAUCAGAAGAAGACCUUGCAUCCUCCUCUUUGACUCUCUUAGAGGACCAAGGAGAGCGCAUGUCAUGAAAAACCUCAAAGAGUACCUGACAGUAGAAUGGGAAGUCAGAAAAAAAGACCAGCCCAAAAGAGAGUUUAACAACAUGAAGGGAGCUAACCCUAAGGUACCCCAGCAGACCAACUACAGUGACUGUGGAGUCUUCCUGCUGCAGUAUGUGGAGACCUUCUUCAGUAACCCCAUCCAGGACUACUCCUUCCCUCUGAGUGGCCUGGAGCACUGGUUCUCCAGACAGAGGGUGAAGAGGAAACGAUGGGAACUGCAGGGGCUCAUUCAACAACUAACCGAAGAACAGAGCGACAAAGGAGAUGAUAAAACAUAGAGACAGAAUGUGCAUGGUUGAUGAAGAAAAGGAGCCAAAAGAUAUUUUCAUGCACAUUAAGAAAGGAGUAGAAAGAAAUCAUACAAAAAGUUAGCUGGCUGCAGUAUAAGUUUCAUCUACAACAUUAGGUGAUGCAAUUUUCAGCUGAAAACUUACUUUACCUCAAUGUUAUGUUAUGUCGAGAAAGAUAUGUGGCUAUGCUAAAGACAAUUACAUUACAGGCAAAUAUGGAUGAAUUUCCUGCAAUAUUUCACGAGAAAGACUUUUUUCUGUAAAGUUCUAUUUCGCCACUGGUGUACUCUAUAAAGUUGUUUAGUAGCCUCCAUUGAAGAAACUUGUUGCCUUAGAUUGUUGAUGUGUUUAAAGUAACCAUGACUAAUGCUCUAUAGACAUCUAAGCAUCUUCAUAUGCAAAACUCACCAAGUUGACCAGUUAACCUUGUUAUUUCCAUUGUUCAAAAUAUCUUAGGAUUCUAGAAGGUAAGGGUGCCAUUCCUUAGAAAUGAUAGUAGAAAUGUAGCCAAACUUUGUGCCUUGUCCAAAGCUGCUUACAUGGUCUUGACUUCAUACAACACUUGUACAGUGUAUUUAUCCCUGCAAUGUUCUAGGACUGCAGUUAUUGUGAAUACAAAUAAAGAAGCCAUGGAUGGAUAUGGAGAUGAUACUCUAACAGUUAUCUGUCAUUUAUUUGUACUAAGUCCAUGCUGUAGAGUUGUAAUUGUCUUACAUUUUUUUUUGGGGGGGGGGGGUCUAUACUUCUAUAAUACCCUCUUUUUAUGAACUGUCUUUAUUUUCAAUGUUUAAUUUAAGGUCAGCCUGAAUUCUCCUUAUUUACAGACCAGUUAUUAUGUAGACUUUAUUUGUUGCAAUACAUUUGUUAUGUAUUUCAAUAUAGGUGUGAAUUAUUGACAUAAAGGUCGUACUGGGAAGCACAUUACACAAACCUUUGUUUGGAUUGUAAGGAAGUUAGCAUUAGUUUGUCUCAGCAUGUAAAUGAUAUUCCACGGUGAAACUUUAUCAGCUAUUGGAAGCUUUUAGAACUAGCCUUCAACAAAGCAGUUUUGGGACCAAUGUUUUUAUUAGCCAUGAUUCUUGUGCCACUUACAGUUUCCAAUAAGGAACAAAAGAUAUAGGCCAAGUACAAUGAAAUGUAGUUAACUCCUCUGUUGAAUCAUGCUCAUUUACUUGAAUGCAUGUCACAAACUUGCAGUUUCUUGUAGAUUGAAGUUUACCUGACUGUACUGAUCAGAGACUAUUUGCUAUCUUUCUAUACCUUGGGUUGAUAAUUACACGUACAAGUCCCAGAAUCCCAACAAUGAUACAUAUUUACAUCGCACAUGCAAAGGAAGUGGUCCAUGCAUUUCUGUAUGGUUUCCUUUCAUAUGUGCAUGCAGUGUUCUUCACACAAAGCAUUCUGUCACUAUCAAUCGUUUAUCUUAAAAUUACAAGUAGACCAGAUUUAUGUUAGUUACUGGCUUCUCUGUGUCGUCAUUAAUAUUAAGUUUUCUUCAUCUUGUUACCUUCUACCUUUCGUAGAACCUUUCAAAUGUCUAGGAAUGAUUUUCUUUCAAUCGGUGAUUGAAAAAAGUAUUGCUGUUAACAUUAUUAAAGCCCAGUAACAUAAUGUCUGAUGUCCAAGAUGUUAAAGAUGAUUAUGAAAUGAGAAUAAAAUCUUAU